UGGGACUCAGUGGAGAACAAACAUAUUCAUGCAAUGUUCAUGCAAAGACACAAAGGGGCAGUAUUGUUCCACACAAGUACAGAGUCACAGCCGUCUGAAGGUGCAAAGAAAAAUGGAGCUGGUCCUUUUCACCUGUCUGCUCUUUCUCUGGCCAGUAGCAGGUACUGAAUCUGAACAAGUAAUUGACCGCUAUGGUUUAAAAGGAAAGCCUUACCUUCUGGAUGUGGAAGGAGUGAAGCCAGCAGAAAACAGAAAAUUUUACUGGAGGUUCAACACUUCUAAAACUAUACUGGAAUACACAUUCAAGAUUGAUUAUCUCGACAUUUUUCCUCACUAUGAGAGUAAAGUGAUGUUUUUUAAGACAAACUUUUUGCUACAAAUUAAUAAACUGGAGGAAUCAGAUAAUGGAUUUUACACAGCAAUAAUACAAGACAAAGAAGGAACUGACAAAAGCAUUGUAACUUACAGAUUAAUCCCCCAAGAUUCUGUGAUUAAACCAGAGUUAAAGGUGAAGUCAGCUUCAGCCAGUGAAGAGCGCUGCAACAUCUCUGCUACAUGCACUGUCGGUCAAGACAAUUCUGUGUCCUACAAUUGCCAGCAGACGCAUUGCACUGAAGUGAGACGAGACUACAUAGAGUCGGAUGCCCUGGAGAUCGUUGUCACUGUAGAGAACAGCAGUAUUGUGUGCAAGGCCAGCAACCGAGUCAGCAAAGAGUCUCAUUGGUUGGCUUUAAAAGAUGUCUGUAGAAACAGCGAGCCCCACAAUGCAGCAGUGAUCAUUGGUGUGGCGAGUGGGAUCAGUGUUGUCGUGACCUUCUUUGUUCUGAGCAUCAUCUAUAUGGAAAUCUAGAGGACAUCUACACUACAUAUUCUAC